AGGGAUUCUCCAUUUGCCCGCCGAUUCCACUGACCAGCACUCAGCGGGCGUUUUCUCGGCUAGGGUUUGGGCUGAGGGUUAUCAUCACUCGCUCAUUCCUCCGUGAAGGUCGGUCGGGGGUGUGCUUGUGCAAGGCGUGGAUGGAAAGCGAUUAUCAUAAAAUCACCACAUUCUUCUGACUAUAGCUUCUCCAUUGAAGUUCUUAAGUGGCACUAGAGCUUAAGAGAAAAACUGUUACAAGCAGCUUCUUUUUCAUAGCGACAGAAAGUAAAGUGCUACCUAUUCUUUAUGACCCCAAAGCCCAUGGCUUUAAGGAAUAAGAGACGUGUUAAAAAGUCCAGCAAUAGAUAUCUCAAGCCUGGUGCUCUUGCAAAGCUUCGUUAUAACUUGUCUACAUCCCGAUGUUGCACUGACAUAGGAAAGAAAAGGGUUGUGUUAGACUCCAAGGAUAAGAAGAACAUUGGGAAGCAAAGGAUUAUGUUGGAUACUGAGGAGAGGAAAAUGGAUUCAUUACUCAGAGAUGAUAUUGGCAAUCAAAGCACAACGCCUGAUACAUCUUCGACGACAAUUAAUUUCUGGUCUCCGUUGAGGCCACACCAUGUGAUUAGACAAGUUAAAUUUCUUGAGUCACCGAGAACACCAGCUGCUAUAGAUUUGGAGUGUCACUCAAGGCUUGAAUCUCUCCCCAUAGAACUUUUGGUGAAAAUUCUAUGCUAUUUACAUCAUGAUCAAUUAAGAGCAGUUUUCCAUGUCAGCCAGCGAAUUCGAUCAGCGGUCAUUAUAGCGAGGCAAACUUAUUUUAAUUACACAACUCCUGACCGGUCGAGACUGGAGAUGCUCAGGAUACAAACCCCUCUUCCAACUGAAAGUUGGCCUUUCACUCGGGGAGUGGGUAAAGGCAUCAGGAUCUCAAGCCCGCUCACCCCAAAAGCUCCGCGGCAACCUCCCCGCCCUCCUCGCCUUCAUUUGCUCGACAUAAAACAGGUCGCGGCCGUCCUCUUCCAAGAUUCUACAUUACCCUCUAGCUGUAUGUUGCUUCCAAAUUUUCCAAAACCCAAGCUUCUCAAGCCUCUUGCUUCAAAUAGAGUAUUGUUUUAUGAGGAUGAGUUAUGCAAGGCUGUUGCGCAGAACAAGCUUCGCUGAGUUUUCUAGUCAUCAUCUUUGUCCUACCUACAUCUCCCCCUCCCCGUCCAUGUCUGUAAAUAAACAUGUUGGAUCCUCGUUUUGAUGUUUUGUAGUAUUGCAGAUUUGCCCCCUCAGAAAUUUUGCGCUUGGAGAUCAGGCAAUUCUAUCAUGUUUUCUUCUGUUUAGAGGGAGAUUGUUAGGUGUUGAGAAACAGUGGAGUUUUCCCUUCCGCUGCUAUGUUCUCUUUUCUGUAUGUACAGUUCUCAUAAAGUUCCCAUGUCUCAUUUACUGUUUCUUUACUAUUUUGUUUCA